UAACGCCGAUACUUACUUAGCGAUGUCCUUUAAUAAUUCAUAACCACAGUGCGCAGCCAAUCAGACCGCGUCUAUGUUAAUCCUCGCACUUUUAAAGCCGUUUGUACCCUAUGUGCUAGCAUACUGUAUGAAACGUGUUUUAGUGGAGGGGAAGCUUGUGUAUUGGAAAUAGUCAAGCGUGCGGAGGUUAAUACACCUUAGCUAGGACAGAGAAUCGCCAGCGAUUUAUUAUUUAAAGCACUGAGUCAGAUCUGUAACUAACAUUUUCCUGUGUUUCGGUAGCUUGUUAAUUCUGAGAUUGUGACUCCUCGACGAGAAUAAACGGCGUAAAUAAGCUUUACUGCGCUUUGGCUGGGUGUCACAUCGCCAUGUCCUCCGGUGAUGCGUCGGAGCAGGGUCGGCGAUUCUGUGUACUGUCCUGGGAGCAGGUGCAGCGCUUGGACUCGAUCCUUGGGGAAACCGUCCCCAUACAUGGGCGCGGAAACUUCCCCACACUCUCAGUGCAACCGAGGCAAAUUGUGCAGGUGGUCCGGGCACGCCUGGAGGAGAAGGGCAUGGUGGUCCGGGACGUAAAACUCAAUGGGUCAGCGGCCAGCCACGUUCUCCACCAGGACACAGGCCUUGGCUACAAAGAUCUAGACCUGAUCUUCGGCCUGAGGCUGGCUGACGACCGGGCCUUCCGUCUGGUGAAGGACGUGGUGCUGGACUGCCUGCUGGACUUCCUGCCGGCCGGUGUCAACAAGGAGCGCCUCACGCCUCUAACUCUGAAGGAGGCCUACGUGCAGAAGCUGGUGAAGGUGUGCAACGACACCGACCGCUGGAGCCUCAUCUCGCUCUCCAACAAUACGGGCAAGAACGUGGAGCUCAAGUUCGUGGACUCACUGCGGCGACAGUUCGAGUUCAGCGUGGACUCCUUUCAGAUCGCCUUGGAUUCGCUGCUGCUCUUCGACCGCUGUUCCGAGACGCCCAUGUCGGAGAGCUUCCACCCCACCGUGCUGGGUGAGAGCAUGUACGGUGACUUUCAGGAGGCCCUGAGCCACCUGCACAACAGGACCAUUGCCACGCGUAGCCCCGAGGAGAUCCGGGGUGGUGGCCUGCUGAAAUACUGCCACCUGUUGGUGAGGGGCUUCCGGGCGGCCUCUGAGGCAGAGAUGAAAUCGCUGCAGCGAUACAUGUGCUCGCGCUUCUUCAUCGACUUCCCCGACAUCGGCGAGCAGCAACGGAAGCUGGAGGCCUACCUGCAGAGCCACUUCGCAGGCAUGGAGCACAAGCGCUAUGAAUGCCUGGUGACGCUGCACCGCGUGGUCAACGAGAGCACGGUGUGCCUGAUGGGUCAUGAGCGGCGGCAGACGCUGGGCCUGAUCUCAGCACUGGCGCUGCGGGCGCUGGCCGAGCAGAACGUUAUCCCCACUGUCACCAACGUCACCUGCUACUACCAGCCGGCGCCAUACGUGCGGGACGUCAACUUCAACAACUACUACGUUGCCCGCGUGCAACCGCUGGUGGCCUCCUGCAAUAACUCAUACCAGACCUGGCUGCCCUGCAACUGACCCGGCGAGGCAGACUGACUGCUGGGAUAGGCGACAUGUGACAUCGUGGUGG